AUGGCGCGACGGAUGCAGAUGAUGGAAAUGGAGAAUGCGCAAUUGAGAGACACGGUCUCCAACUUUCAAGCUCAGAUGCAAGCCAUUAUGGAUAUGCAAACGCAGUUUGAGGAAAUGAUGCACCAAUCUGGACGAAAUGAUUUCAUGAUUGCAACAGGGGUUGCGAGUCAUCAAACGAGAGCCAUGCUUGAGCAUCAUCACCGAUUGCCCAUGUUCUCCAUCUUCCCAUGGAUCUUAUUCUCUUGCCUUAUCCCUCCUUCCCUGAGCUAUGCUUGCAACCAACAUGAUCGGAACUCUCUCUUGUCCAUCUCUCCCAGCUUCUCUCCUCCUCUGAAUUGGCCAUCCAAUGCCAAUUGCUGUCUCUGGGAAGGGAUUGCAUGCGAUCAUAAUGGUUGGGUCACCCAUAUUUGGCUACCCUCUAGAAGCCUCAGCGGUGGCAUCCCUCCGUCUUUAAGAAACCUCACACAACUCUCUCACCUCAAUCUUUCCCACAAUUCCUUUGCUGGACCACUUCCAGAUGAUUUCUUUUCAUCUUUAAAUCACCUCAAGAUCCUUGAUCUCAGCUUCAACAGACUGCAUGGAGAAUUACCGUCACUUGUUACAUCAAAUGGUUCACCCAUCUCCCUCCAAAUAUGGGAUUUGUCCAACAAUUACUUUCAAGGGUCAUUAUUCCAAUCUCCAUUUCUUCAGGCAGCAUGGAAUUUGUCAAGUCUUAAUAUUAGCAAAAAUGACUUCGUUGGCCUUAUCCCUUCCUCCAUUUGUAGCAAUUCCAGCCUUGUUAGACUCUUGGAUUUCUCUUUCAAUGAUUUCAGUGGCCAAAUCCCUCGUGAACUAGGGAAAUGCUCCAAGCUCGAGGUUUUUCGUGCAGGUUUCAACUCGUUAUUUGGAUCGCUUCCAGCUGACAUUUAUCGCAUGUCAGAAUUGCGAGAAAUUAGUUUACCUUCCAAUCAUCUCUCGGGACCGAUUGGCAGCGAUAUCGUUCGGCUCAUCAACCUCACCAUCAUUGAGCUCAACAACAAUGAAUUGAAUGGCAUGCUCCCUCAAAAUAUCGGGAAGCUUUCUAACUUGGAACACCUGCUCCUCAAAAUGAACAAUUUAAGUGGUACAAUACCACCUUCCUUGUUGACUUGCACCAACUUGAAAACAUUGAGUUUGUUGCACAACAAAUUAGGAGGUGAUAUCUCCACUUUUAAUUUCUCUAAGCUUCCCAAACUUGUCAUUGUUGACCUUGGCGCUAAUUUCUUCACAGGUCAAUUGCCAGUAAGCCUUUACACAUGCAAGUCCCUGAAAGCAAUUAGACUUGCCUUUAACAUGAUAGAAGGACAGAUCACACCUGACAUUCUUGCUUUGCAAUCUCUUUCAUUCCUUUCACUUCGUGCAAUUAAGUUAACCAACAUCUCAGAGGCAAUCAAAAUUCUAAUGGGUCUACACAACCUUAGGGUCCUUUCGCUUGCAGAAUGCUUUGUAAAUGAGAUAAUGCCAGAUGAUAACAGCUUGGUUGAUUCAGUUGGAUUUCAAAAUCUUCGAUAUUUGAGUAUAGGCUUCUGCCAACUCGUUGGACUAGUGCCGACAUGGUUGUUAAAGCUUAGAAAGCUAGAGAUUCUCAUACUAAAAGGGAACCAAAUUAGAGGUCCAAUUCCUAGUUUCUUAGGUACUUUGCCACGACUCUUCUACAUUGACUUGUCAAAUAAUUUCAUUUCUGGAGAAUUUCCACCGGAACUUACUAGACUGCCUACAUUAACAAUUAAGCAGGCUUCUGAACAAGUUGAUCAAAUGCUUGUGCCUUUAUUUUUUGUCAAUAACUCACCUUUAAAAAGUGGUAUUAGACAAUACAAUACACUCUCGAACAUGGGAAAAGUAAUUGAUGUGAGUAACAACAGCUUGAGUGGCAAUAUCCCCAUUGAGAUUGGUCAAUUGAAGUUUCUUCGGUACUUGAUUCUCUCUCAAAACAACUUCUCUGGCAACAUUCCACAUCAAGUGUCCAACCUUUCUAACUUAGAAAAGUUGGACCUCUCCAAAAACAAUUUUUCUGGUGAGAUCCCACAGUCAUUAGAAGCUCUCACUUUUUUAUCAACGUUUAAUGUUUCAUACAACAAUCUUCAAGGAGCAAUACCAUUGGGCACUCAACUUCAAAGCUUUAAUGUUUCUGCAUACGAGGGGAAUCCUAAACUUUGUGGCCUCCCACUUCCAUACCAAUGCCAAGCUAUCAGCGUCGAUGAAGAUGGGAGCAUUCAAGAUGAGGAAGACGAAUAUGAAACUCCAUGGUUCUAUGUGAGUAUGGCGCUUGGAUUCAUCACAGGGUUUUGGGCAAUUUGCGGCAGUUUAUUGCUCAAACCUACUUGGAGUUCCACUCCUGCUAGUGAUGAUGGACAUGAUGAAGAGGACUCCAAAAAUGGAGAUGAUGCUGAUAUGGAUGACACAGAAGAAGAGCAUGGUUCUAAAGAAGAAGAAGGGAAUGCAGCUGAAGAAGAACAUUAUUCUAAUGAUGAAAAUUGA